AUGGCGUUGUGGUCUUCCUCCUUUCAAGGUCUUGGUUCGGUUGAGGAGGAUGAGGAACGGGAAUUGACUCUCGCAUCUAUCCAGCGCCUGUCGGAAACGCAGACCUAUGGUCAAGGGAUUGAAUUAAUCUGUCAAAAACAAAAAGAGUUUGUGAAGAGCUCUGUAGAAUCCAAAUGGAAUCUAGCAGAAGUCCAGCAGAAACUUGGUAGUUUAGCACUGCAUAAUUCGGAAUCCACGGAUCAGGAAUAUGCCAAAGCACAGACUGAAGCUUCAGAACUGAGACAGAGAGAGGAAGAGUGGAGAAGAAAAGAAGAAGCGCUAAUACAGAGGGAAAGACAGAAUCUAUGGAAUACAGAUUCUUUUAGUAAGGAGGUAUUUAAUAAGAGUUUUAUUAGUCAAUAUAAAAGAAAAGAAGUAGAAGAUGAAGAUAUAUCUAAAUCAUUUAUACAGAAGCAUGAACAAAAGAUUAGAUACUUUGGUAUGCUGGGCAGAUGGGAUGACAGUCAAAGAUUUUUGUCUGACCACCCGUAUAUUGUAUGUGAAGAAACAGCUAAAUAUCUCAUCUUAUGGUGUUUUCAUCUAGAAGCUGAACAGAAAAGAGCUCUGAUGGAACAAAUAGCACACCAAGCAGUUGUGAUGCAGUUUAUUAUAGAAAUGGCCAGAAGCUGUAAUGUGGAUCCAAGAGGCUGUUUUCGUCUAUUUUUCCAAAAAGCCAAAGCAGGGGAAGAAGGCUAUUUGGAAGCUUUUAAAACUGAGCUUGAAGCAUUCAAAUCAAGAGUGAGAAUCUGUUCACCGUCUCAGGGCUUUCAAGCUAUGUCAGUACAGAAUCCCAGUGUCUAUACUGGUAUUGUAGAAGGACUGGAGUCUUUGUCACAGAAUGCAAAUGAUCUACAAGGUUGCAUAAACAGAAGUGUCUGCAAUUUAAACUCAACGCUACAAAAAGAUGAAGAACCCAAAAUGAUGGACACAGUAUAGCACUGUUAAGACUGAGGCAAAGUACUCUUUUUUUAUUACAAAGAAAAGAAUGUGGCUAUUUUCUUGACACAUUUUUAUGGGUAUUGCACUUUAUUUUUGGUGCUUU